CGAUGUUAUUGGGUUCAUGACUUCAUCCGGCGCACUUUACGUAGCCCAUUGAACUCUUCAUUUUUCCUCUCAUCCCCGUCACUACUGGGAUUGGUGUAGUGUACUCUCAGCUGUCAAAUACUCCGUAUUUGCUUAGCAUCUUUCUCUUUAUUAAUGUGCUCUUCUUUUUUAAUCUCAAAAUCCCAAUCUUUCCCUUUCCUUUUUCUUCAUCCAUUCCCACACCUCACUGCGAAUCAAAAGAGACUGAAAAAUAUUCUCAUCUAUUUCUGUAAACCAAUAUGUCAUGAAGCUCUAAAAUCUUGAAUAACUUCAUUUCACACAGAAACAUCAGAUUAUCUCUUCUGUACCAAAUCCUUCAAGAUUAAUCAAAUCUUUAUCCUUCAUCUUCCCCAGAAAUGAAAAGUACAUUUCUCUAAAUACCCUGAAUGCAGAAACUCGGUUGAUUCACAACCUUUGAAAAGCCCAUCACGAAAUCAUCAAAAAAACGAUUGAGGUUUUGGGUGUACAUUCGGGUACCCGUACGGAUUGCGCGAGCUGAAAUGCGUCGCCAGAGAAGAGGGGUGGGCAUAGAGGGUUUGGUCCCCAAAGUCCGUAAAAGGGGCUGCUCAUCAUCUUCGUCUGCGUCUUCGAGAGUUCAGCACUACAGAUUGAAGCGGGCAAUUGUCGUGGGGAAGGUCCGACACGGAUUGGGCGGGUCCAGAUCCAGCACUCCGGUGCCGUCCUGGAAAACGUCUCCGCUUCAGAGGACUGCCGGCGACCCCCCUUCUUCUUCUCCUCAGCUGGGAACUUCUCGGCCAGUCUCGGCGAGAAAGCUAGCUGCCACUCUGUGGGAGAUGAACGAAGUGCCGUCGCCGAAAGUUUAUGAGGACUUGGAAAAGAGGAGGAAAAAGAAGAAGCAGCCUGGGCGGUCUGGCCCGGAUUCUGUGGUUUCGGAUUCUUUGCCUCCCCAUUUGUGCGAUCCAUCUCAUAGCCCGGUUUCAGAGAGGCGUGAUCGGUCCGGAACAGGAAGUUACAAUAAGAAGAUGUCAACUAGUUCACACCGACCAAAGCCUAUAAGCCAUAAUGUUGGAGCUAUUGAUUCUGUAAGCAGUGCCAGUCUAAUGGAGAUGGAGACAAGAUCGCGGGCAAGUGUAUCUGUGGUUGGUACAAAAACUCAUUUAAAAGACAUCAGCAACGCUUUGACCACAUCCAAAGAGUUACUGAAAAUAAUCCACAGGAUAUGGUCAAAUGCUGACCCACCAUCAUCUACCAUGUCUCUUGUCUCGGCAUUGCAUGCGGAACUUGAACGGGCCCGCCUGCAGGUCAACAAGCUCAUUCAUCAAGAACACAAAAACUCAGAUCAAAGUGAGAUCAAUCGUCUCAUCAAGUGUUUUGCUGAGGAGAAAGCGGCUUGGAAGAACAAAGAAGAAUCAGCCAUUGACUCCCUUGCAACUGAACUUGAAGCUGAAAGGAAACUCAGGCGAAGGUGCGAGAACUUGAACAGUAAACUCGGGAAAGAGCUGUCCGAAACUAAAGCAUCACUCAUGAAAGCUGUGAAAGAGCUUGAAAACGAGAAGAGGGCAAGAGAGAUGAUAGAACAAAUGUGCAAUGAUUUAGCAAGAGACAUUAGUGAAGAUAGAGCAGAGGUUGAAGAGUUGAAGAAAGUUCAUCAAGAGUUUGAAAAGGAAAGAGAAGUGAUCCGUACCAAGCCUGAAGAGAAAAAUUCUGCUGUUGACAAGUUGAGGAAACAGUUAGAGACUUUCUUGGGGAAGAAGAAAUCUAAAAAAAAAGGAAACUGCUGUAGAAAAACUCCAAGUGAUGAAAAGGCAUCUUCUUGUAUCAAUAAAACUCCUAUCACCCUCCACCACCAUAAUCUGGAGAAAGAAGACAACAGGGAAGAAGAGUCAGCCGAAAGUGAUCUUCACUCCAUUGAACUAAACAUGGAAAACACGAAUAAGACCUCCCAAGGCACUUAUUAUCCUGCCAUUGGCCGUCCGUCUAAGAGAAUCUCAGUUGAUGAGAUGAAAGUGAGAAGCUCUCUUACCGGGCAGGUCCCUAGAACCAACACUACACUUCUAAGGAGAAUUUCUGAUUCAGUUGAGUGGGGGGAUGGGUCAAGCCAUGGGUCAGAUUGGGAGAGGCUCCAAGAACUGGAGAAUCUCGGUAAAACAUAUGCUUAUGCAGAGGAAAUUCAAAGAAUAAAAGCAAUGGCAGGCAUGAAGAACCAUUCUAUACCAGUCUCCAGUCCAUCUCGGCAGUGGGACUUACCACGGUCUUCCCGAGAUUCUUUAGGGACAGGUGUUGAAAGAACGAGCUUUGCUCAUGACUGUGCUGUGAAGUCUAGGCUUGGUGUUGGAAGAUCUAAACGGUGAGUCUGAUCAUAUGUUAAUUGUCAAUAUGGGGCGAGAAGUUUUUGGUGUUGAACUGAUAAGGUGUCAGCAAUCAGAACAGGGAUGCAUCAAAGUAUAUAACAUCUCCAAAUGAGUCGGCAUGAUGUUGCUUUAUGCUAUAAAGCCCGCAUCUUGAUUAACAUGAAUCCUUGUUUCUUUAUCUAAUUUUAUUUUUUGAGAAAUGUUUGAAUGAAUAGCAGCUUCUGUAGAAAUGUGUUGUGCUAAUUUUCUCUUGGUUGUCCUUGUGUAACAAUUCCACAAGUAUAGUAGAUGAUUAUGCUUUUC